UUUACAUCCAAGGCCUGAAGUCGGUCACACCUGCAUCUGAACUGCCUGCGCCCGCCUUUGACUACGGUAUCUGCAGGUUGUCUCCUCAGAACAAGUUGACGAUCAGGACAGCCACAGCGCUGUGCUGUGCUGUGCUGUGCUGUGCUGCCAGUGCUUGUGACAGACUCAGAGCAAGCUCCAAUGACCAUUCUCUGAAUUGGUUCACGCGGGCGAGCCUAGCUGUUCAUGCAGGAGUCAACGCUUCCCAACAGGUAGCUGCAUCUGCCACUGCAGCACUACUGCAACCCACCCAUCUUUUGGCAUCCUCUUGAUCUCGACACCCUGCAGCCGACCCGGUAGCCCUCCUGGAUCCUGCCUCUUGGGUUCGUCUGCUUCUGACCGGUGAGACCCAAUGUUUCAUGGGUGCAGGUGUGACACCAAGCAACCCCAAGAGGUGACUGCAAUCAAUCCAAGUCUGGCAGCUCACUUAGUCAAACCCGCCCUCGACUGCAGAAUUGGUGCUACUGCACGCGCCUACGGCCCCGGCCGGUCCUUUUUGACAUCUGACGUCGUGUUGCAGGUCAAGAAACUUUUUAGUCAACAGCCAUCCACCCCGAGUUCGCCGUAUCGUUAUCCUUUGGAUUUGCGAUUUGUGAAUACAAUCCCCACACUCCAUGGCGCGAGACAAGGAACGAUCUGUCAAUCCUGCGCAACAACAGCGCAAGCUCGAAAAGGCAAAACAGCUGAAAAAGAGUCGGGCAGAGCUACAAGCCAGGCGCAAUGAAAAAUUGGCCCGCCGAAAUCCCGAGCGCAUCCAACGCCAAAUCGAGGACCUCAAGGCUCUUGAAGCAGCGGGCGAUCUCAAACCCAGAGAGCGGGCCAUCCUAGAAGAUUUGGAACGAGAUCUCCGUGCCGUCCGAAAAGCCAGAGAAGCUCUGGGCGACAAAGCUCCCAACUUUGCAGGGCAACCACGCCGACGAGAAGGCGAGGGCAGUGGUACCACAUUAGGCAAGAGAAGGCAUGAUGGCGAGCGCAAAUACCAUCAGCCGAGACAAGAGUCAUCAGGUAGUGACACCGACGAAUCCGUCCGCCGCAUUCCCAUGCCAGAAGAUACACCGCCACCUAUCCCGCGGGAGUUGAGGCGCUACUUCCCGCGCAACGAAGACGGUGGUGACAACAACCCUCAACAACCGACCGCACCGAGCAGACAACUGCCCAUCAAACCUGGAACGAAGCCCGUGGAAGUCAAGACCAAAUACGAAAGUGCCCCGCAGAUCCGCGAUCUCCGCAAAGAAGCCGUCAAUAGAUUCGUCCCCAAUGUCGUACGCAAGAAACAGGAGGCUGCAAAAGGUGGGCCCACCGGUCGCUUGAUCGAGCCAGAAGAGAUGGAUCGACUCGAGGCGGAGGGCUAUCUGGGCAAGACGGAUGACUGCAGGACACAGACCGCGACAACCACGGGCGACGGAGAUGUGGACGAGGAUGCGAGGAGGCUUGCGGAGGAGGAAGAGCGCUUUCUUCAUGAAGUACAGAUGCAGGAUCAAGCAGACGACGGAACUGAAGACGUCGGCCCGCGCGAGGACGCAGAUGAAGCGAGGCGUCCCAGAGAGACCCUGGAGUCACAACGCAACCCCCGUCGAAACGUGGAACUUGAAGAGGUCGAGGAUGAGGACGGGUGAGUGACCGACCGACCCAGCCAGACCAAGCUAGAGGAGAGAAGAAGGAAAUGAGGGGAACUCGGGCCUGGGAGCCAGGCUCGUUCGUCCGCUCUCAUCUCCUUCUAGGAAGGCUCCUGACGCCAUCGAAGCUGUAUACAAAACGAGCCUGGUUCUAAUUCUCAUACGGGCGUCCAACUGUAGAGAGAUUGCUUUGGACUCUAGAAAGGUCGCAUACAUACAUACAAGGCCAUGUUCUAGUCCAAGUAAUGCCCUGAUGAAUCAUCAAGACUCCGAGUGUCGUGCAAAGCAGACGAACAACUAGAGCGUGCUUCUUUCAUCUGAUCAAUCC